AUGUCUGAAUUCAGGUCUGAGGUUCCAGUAUCUGUUUUAGCCAAAAAACUAGAACUGGCUAACGGUGAUGAAUUGCAAACUAUCUUAAGAACUUUAAGAUCUCCUACAUAUGUCAAUGAGAAGUUAUUAAAGUCUGAAUUGGGUCUUUUAGUAACAAAGAUCUUGAAAUUAUUACGUUCAAGUGAUGACUAUGAAAUAUGGAAGGGCUGUCAUACAGCUGCUAUUAUCUGUGCAUACAACCCAUUAGUUUUAUGUUCCCAUGGUAGUCAAUUAUUAGCAACAAUCUAUUCCAAAUUAGAACAAAGAACCAGUUACUAUUCAUCUACCUCAACAACUGUUCAGGGAAGAGUAGUUAUUGAAACUUUAAUCUCUACUCUAUCUAUUUUAAUGGAUUUGAUGAGGACUAAACCAACCAUGUCUAGAGAAGGAUUGAUCCCAAAGUUGAAGACAAUUAUUCCAACUCUAAUUACUCUAACUCAGUAUCAACCAAAACUUUGUUUACCAGUUCUGAAAGUUAUUUUAUUAAAUCACCACACUACUUUCAAACCAUUUUCCAAUAAAUAUCGUACAGUACUUCUAGAACUAUUGUCAAAAGAAUACCAACAUAUGGAUAAGGAAACAAGAUUAUUAGUCUGUGAUAAUUAUGCCUACUUACACUUGAUUAAGUUACAAUCUGAUAGUAACAAAGAUAAUGAUGCCACACAAGCUCAUCAUAAAGCAUUCCAAGAUGAAGCAUGGCGUGCAGGUCUUUUAGAUAUCUUAAAUCAUUUCAAACCUAUAUUGAAACUUGUCGGUGAAAUAUUAGAUUUAGAUCAAGACAAAGAAUUAGUCAAGUUAAUGAAUAGUUUGCCUGGAGACAUCGAUGUUGAUAAGAAAGCCAAUGAAUUGUUAAAAUUACCAUCCUUAAAAUUAGAUAUGAAUAGCCCUAUAACUUUGUGGGAUAUUAAUAACCGUUUGAAUAUUCUAGUUGAUUUGUUAAGUUCAUUUAUUUCUUUGCCAACACCAUAUCCUGUCAGAAUCCCACUGGGUAGUAUUAAUGCUGUCGCUGAAACAUUAUUAAGUUUAACUCAAAAUUAUCUACCAAUCAAAAGAGAUCUACGUCGUGAUGCUGAAUUAACAUCAGUGAUAACUUCAAUGUUACCUCAUAUUCAGUUCACAGGGAUAAAAUUGUGGAAUAAAACACUUUCAAAUUAUGGUAAAAGUUGUUUAACUUUCUUACCUUCAAUUUUGGGAUCAUUGGAAUUAUUUAUUCCAAUGAGACCUAAGAGCAACGAAAUUGAUUUUGAAAAAUGUCAAACUUUAAAACGAGAAUUUUUGUUUUUAUUUAAGUUGAUUAAUAGACUGACACCCGAAUUGGGCCACCAACUAAGUGAAUUAUCGCUAUUCACAAAAUUGAUCAAUAUUUCAUUAUAUUUGGUUGAAGAUAGAUCAUUAUUGUUGCCAUUAUUUAAUCCUGAAAAGAAACUAAAAACAGAGAAUAAUAAUAAAGGAGUCAAAAAAUCAAAAACCAGAGAUAAUCAAUCCGGUGCGUUGUCUGAUUUAUAUACCCAUUCAAAUCAAUUUAUUAUUAGAGAUUCUUUAAAAUUGUUAAGUGAAGUUGCUAAUUUCUUAUGUACCGUUUUGAGCAAUUGGAGGUUACCAUCUGCUCAACAGGUUAAGAUAGUUAAAUUUGCAAUUACUUCUUCAAUUAAGUAUAAGGAAGAAUAUAACAAGAUUCCUGAGAACUUUGUAAAGCUAUUGAGAAUGAUUACAAUUUAUCCAGGCAAUGAACGUAUUUCCAUUUUACCAAUUGCAGCCACCUUAUUGAAGGAUUCUGGUGACGACGUUUUGGAUGUGUUGUGCCAUCCAAGGGUCCCAAUGGGUAUUGUUCACCAAAUUACGAGGCCGUUUAAAGAGAGUGAUAUCGAGGACAAUGAAAUAUCACAACUAGAAGAAUCAAGAAGCAAAAUACUUGAUUUUGAAACUGUUGGUGAAACAAAAGUCGACAAACAAGAUGAUUUCAAAAAACUACAACUAGAAAAUAGUAAAAGAACCUUUACUGAAAGAGAGGUCGAUGAGACCAAGUUGUUCAAAAAGGAUGAAGACGUUGAAAUAAAAAAAGCAAAAAUUAGUAAUUCAGAGGAGAUUGUAUCCAAAUCAGUUAACCAAAAGGAAUCAAUUGCUGCCACCGCUACACCACUACCUACCGAGAAUUACCCACUUCCAGAUACAAAAGAAGUUAUUACAAUUGAAGCUAAUCAUGAUAAUGAUGAAAGCUCGGAUGAUUCUGAAUUCGAAAUCCCAGAAAUCCAAUUGAGUGAUGAUGAAGAAUAA